AUGAAAUUAAAAAUACUUUAUUUUCAGGCAAAUUCAGGUUAUUAUUAUAUACCUGGAUAUGGCUAUGUCCUAACAGACAAUUCAAAAUCCUCUCAAGACUCUUCUUCAUAUUCUUACCCUUAUAAUUAUAAUUACAAAAAUUAUUGGCCAUAUUAUUAUUACUACAAUACCGGAAGUGAUAAUUAUGGAGGGAAAUGAUUUGGGAAAAACAAAAGAAAAAUAUGAAAAAAUUAGUUAAAUAUAAUGUGUUAA